AUGGCGAAAAAUUUGGAAAAUACAAGUUAUCGGAAGCUGGAUGUUGAUGCCUUCGAUCCAGAAAAAUUUGUAGAUUGUGAAGAUGCGGAAACCCCCGGAAUUGGACCGGAUGAACGACUCGUUAAUCAGUUAUUGCAGUCGGCUAAGUUGCAAGAAGCGUUGAAAGCGUCAUUAUCAAAUCCUCCGCUGAAAUGCAAAAAUCAGACGGCAAAAGAUCGAUCAACUGCACUCGUAACAAAAGUUUUGAUGAAUGUAAAGAGUGCGGAUAUCGAAGGUAUAGUCAAGACUUUAACAGAUGAUGAAGUAAACCUUUUGAUGAAGUUCAUAUAUAAGGCAAUGGACACGCAGGCUGACAAUGCAACUUGUCAGUAUCUUUUGUCAUGGCAUGCCCAGGUGUUAGCUCGGGGUGGGUAUGGUGCUAUAAUUCGUGUAUUUUGUGAUCGGCAAAGAUUGUGA